AUGUGGUUCAAUCUGGAUGGCCUUCCGGUGUGCUUCCCGUACGCGGCGAUCUACCCGGAGCAGCACGCGUACAUGGGGGAGCUGAAGCGCGCCCUGGACGCGCGCGGCCACGCGGUGCUGGAGAUGCCGACGGGCACCGGUAAGACGGCAGCGCUCCUCUCCCUCAUCACCUCCUACGCCCUCGCCAACCCCUCCCGCCCGCUCCGCCUCCUCUACUGCACCCGCACCGUCCACGAGAUGGACAAGACCCUAGCCGAGCUCCGCCUCCUCUUCUCCCACCUCCCGGACCCGUCCCACCUCCUCGCGAUCGGCCUCUCCUCCCGCAAGAACCUUUGCGUCCACCCACAGGUGUCCGCAUCCGCCGCCGUCGACACCGGCUGCAGACGCCUCACCGCGUCCUGGGUCCGCGACAAGGCCGCCUCCGACACCACCCCGUCCCCGCUCUGCGACUACUUCGAGACAUUCGACACCGCAGCUCACAGGGGCGACCUCGCCUCCUACAUUUCGCCCGGGGUCUACACCCUCGCUGACCUCCGCUCGCUCGGCUGCCAGCGCCGGAUAUGCCCCUACUUCCUUGCCAGGCACCUGGUCAAGCACGCCAAUGUGGUGGUCUACACUUACCAGUACCUGCUCGACCCCAAGGUGGCCAGCAUCGUCUCCCCGGAGAUGAUGAUGCACAACGAGUGUGUGGUUGUGUUCGAUGAGGCGCAUAACAUCGACAACGUCUGCAUUGAGGCGCUCAGCGUCACCAUCCGCAAGCAGACGCUAGAAGGUGCCCACCGAAACCUGCGGCACAUCUCGCAAGAGAUUGAUAGGUUCAAGGCCACCGAUGCCAAUAAGCUUCGUGCCGAAUACAAUAGGCUUGUGGAUGGAUUGGCACAGAGCGGGCAUCUGCCAAUAUCGGACGCCUGGCUUGCAAAUCCAGCCUUGCCUCACGACAUUCUCAAGGAGCCCGUACCUGGAAAUAUCAGAAGGGCUGAGCAUUUUCUCGCUGCCUUGUGGAGACUUGUGGGGUUCUUAGAUCAACGUCUUGAGACAGAAAAUGUCGUGAAUGAAAGACCUGAUUCCUUGGCUGCUUCAAUCUAUCCCCUCGCUGGAAUUGACAAGAAAAUGCUGAGGGUUUUUUAUGACCGCUUACAAUCUCUAUUGAUUACCCUGGAGAUAACCGAUACAGAUGAAUUCAUGCACAUCCAAAAAAUUUGUGACUUCGCCACACUGAUCGGAACUUAUACACGGGGUUUUUCUAUAAUAACUGAACCCUAUGAUGAUAGAAUGCCUAAUAUUCGUGAUCCUGUGAUUCAGCUUAGUUGCCAUGAUGCUUCACUCGCAAUACAGCCUGUUUUCAAUCGUUUUCAAACUGUUGUCAUAACUUCAGGAACUCUCAGCCCAAUCGAUCUGUAUCCUCGUCUUUUGAAUUUUAAUCCUGUUAUAAGCAGGAGCUUCGCGAUGUCCUUAACAAGGGAUUGCAUAUGUCCCAUGGUAUUAACACGAGGAAGUGAUCAGCUACAUGUGAGUACCAAGUUCGACAUGCGCAGUGAUCCUGGUGUUGUGAGGAACUAUGGGCGCCUCUUGCUAGAAAUGGCUUCUGCUGUGCCAGAUGGGAUAGUCUGUUUCUUUGUCAGUUACUCCUAUAUGGAUGGCAUUGUCAGCAGCUGGAACGACAUGGGAAUUUUACAGGACACCAUGCAACACAAGUUGGUAUUCAUUGAAACACCAGAUGUUGUUGAGACAACAUUGGCUCUUGAUAAUUACAGAAAAGCAUGCGAUUGUGGAAGAGGUGCAGUCUUCUUCUCAGUUGCCAGUGGCAAAGUUGCGGAAGGUAUUGAUUUCGAUCGACACUAUGGAAGACUUGUGAUCAUGUUUGGUGUUCCAUUCCAGUACACACUCAGCAAGAUAUUGAGUGCUAGGCUGGAGUACCUAAGAGAAACUUUUCAGAUAGAGGAGGGUGACUUCCUGACUUUUGAUGCGUUGAGGCAAGCUGCUCAAUGUGUCAGCCGUGUGAUCCGUUCGAAAGCAGAUUAUGGAAUGAUGAUAUUUGCUGACAAGAGAUACAGUUGGCAUGAUAAACGGUCUAAACUGCCAGGGUGGAUACUGUCACACUUGCACGCUGCACACCUCAAUCUGAGCACCGACAUGGCUCUGCAUACUGCCCGUGAGUUCCUACGGAGGAUGGCGCAGCCGUAUGACAAGGCAGGGAGCGGGCAGAAGACGCUCUUGACCGAGGAGGACCUGCAGGGCAUGUCUCAGGACGACAUGGAGAUGUGAAACUGAGAGAGUUCUAUGUAGUCUGCAGUAGGGGAUUUGCUUAUUUGCCCCGUUUUACUUUGCACCUUGAUUAUUUGCCGAGAUGUACUUCUCUUCAAGUAGCACAACAAAAGCCUCGUGCCAUGGCCACACAAGGACUCCCUCGCCGUCGCCCACAUUUGGCUCUCCACGUCCACAUUCGACUGGUACAUGUCUGCAUGAACCCACUUAUGUUUGGAAAUUGCCUCUGUAUAAAAACAGUACCUGGCAUACUAUGAAUGGACUAUUUGACUGUGCCAAAUUGUGCUAUGCCCGACGAGCAUGCAUUGCCAACUGAGGGUGUGCAUCGUCAUGGGAAACUUACUAUAGAAAUUAGUUAAUUAUUGGAAAAAGUUUAGCCCAAGCCUAGCCCAUGUUUGCUCCUACGGGGCU